UGCGACUGGCACAUAUCCAUUCAGCGUUAACAACCGCAUGCUGAAUGUUGAGACAACUACAGUGCAAGUGCGCUGAGCGCUAGCACCCAGUAUCACUUGAAGAAGGAAAAAACCACGCAUCGGAACGGUCUCAGCAUGGCAGACACUCGCCACGACGCUGCCGCCGCAAAGCGCUCGCCCCCGGCACCUGCCCCCGCAAUCGCCGCCAAUGAGGGGCCCAGCACUAGCCCCAGUGCAUCGGAUGAGCUGCAUGCGCAAGCGGUGCGCUUUCUCGCCUCUGUUCGAUUCCAUGGGCAUGCUUCAGAAGAGGAGCAGCGCAAGUUUCUGCGUUCAAAGGGACUGGAUGACCAGGCGAUCGAGCGAGCAUACAAGGAUGCUGCACGGCCAGAGCACAUGACCUCCACUUCUACGCUGGCAUCCUCCUCGUCGUCAGCAGAAUCAGGUGGGUCGGGUUCAGUAGCUUCUGAUGCCUCCAGCGAUGUUCCAGAGCUCGCGUUCGAAGCAGCAGCCAGAGCUUUCGAUGACCCUAUCAGGGCCGCGCCAGUGCCGGUCAAGACAUAUCCACGAUCCCCGCUGGCGCUCUACUAUGACCAGAACUCUGCAUCAGGAGGCAAGGUUCUCACUGGUGCAGGGGAUGUUAGCAGUGGAAAUGGUGAAAAUGCAGGGCAGACGCAAGGGACAGCUACGCAGGACCCACUCACACGAUAUCAAGUCUUGCUCAAUUUCUUCCGCCAACUGAGCUACCUCAUGAUGUUGGGCGGCGGCUUCACUGCGCUCCUCGUAGGUCUCUACAGAAUUUACAUCAUGCCUCGCCUGAUCGCCUCGCAGGACGCGCGCUCCAUUCUGCUCAAGCACCACCGCGAUCUUUUCGAGCAACUCGGUACCAAGGUCAAAUCUCUCCGCCGAGGCUCACUCGCCCAGUUGCCGGGUGUGGUGUCCGGCUCUGGGGGUGCAGGCUGGGAUGCGGCCGGCGCACACGCAGGCGGCGAAGGCGCAAGCGGAAUUAAGCUCAAGAGCGCACUCAAGCGCGUGAGCUUUGCGAAUGAUACCAAGGAGCCGGCACCUGAGCCCGAGCAUGAUUCACUUUCGCCGUCACUGCGAGAAGAUGAGCAUACGGAGCUAAGCAGGUGCGAAAAGGAUGGGUUACUACCGCAGCAGAAAGCCGUAGUGCCCGGCUCGGGUCUCCUUAUUGAGGCGCUCGUGGAAGAUAGAGAGAAAGCGAGCGAAGAGUGUAAGGAGGAAGGCGUGGAUGCAGGGAAUGAAGCAGUCAAAGGAAAAGGUACAGGGAAUAAAACGAAGAAUAAGGUGGCCAAAGAUAUUGACGUGAACAUUUCGCUGCGCGAGGCACUUGCACGCCUCACUAGCGCACUCAAAGCCGAGACAUCAGCCGCUGCCAUUGGAACGCCGAUUGUGCCUUCUAGCACUGGAUCCAAUGAUGUCGCGUCGACUGGAAGUGGCGCCAGUGUUAGAACAACCCCGACAAACGCAAUAGUGGCAGACAGCUACCAGGAGGCGCUUCUGGACGAUGAUGAUAUCGUUCCAGGCGAGGAUGAUGACGAGCAAGAUGAAGACGAUGACGACGAGCUUGAGUUCGACCCAUUCGGUGCAUUUACCCCGAAGUGUACUAAGAAAAAGCGGAGAGCCGACAGGAAGCACGGCGAACGCAAAUACUCUGGAUAUAUCGCUGUGUCAUCGUCCACGUCAGGGGCUGCUGCCGCGGGGGCGGGAACAGCAAGCACUGCCCUGCGCGCGGCGCUCUCAUCGCUCAGCGGUGCAGUCAACACGCAAACGUACAUGGCUAGCACGAUGGCCUACGGCGGACAGAGCCAGUUCCGCUUCAGCGGCCUCGGCUCAGAUGCCGUCGCAACAGCCGGCGCUUCGGCAGGCUCUGGAGAGGACGACGCGAGCAAGGAGCAGGGCAGUAAAGAGAAGCUGGGCGAUAUAUCGGUUGUCAAAACUGAGAUCAGAUGGCUGAAAGGGCUGUUGCUUAGUCGACGCAACUUCCCAUCGUACGGGCGUCAGAAUCUCGCGCCCACCACAGCGAGCGCUACGCCCGUCAACCAAGGCUGACAUUAUUGUGCAGUAGGAUGACUGGACACACCGGGGCAUGAAUGCAUGCGCAACAUAGCAGUGUGCGCUGAAGAAGAGGUGCGAACCGGAUGUCGUGGUGUAUGUUACAGUAAUGGCGAGAAGGACCGGCAAGCAGAUGUAUGCUAUGCGAGAAUUUGGAGCGCGUGAGAAAA